AUGGUGAAAGUGUCAUCUAACUCACCGAAUUCAUCUCCGGUGACCAUCACGGUCACCUCCUCCGGCGGCUCUCGGAGCCUUGGGCUGACGAGCCCCAUGCCCCGUCACUCCAUCUCGAACAACCCGAAUUCCCCACUCGACCAGAGUAGCCGCCGAGUCUCAUCUGAUGGGCACGGAAGGUACCUUUCCUUCUCGAAAGACAGCUCGGCAGAAGAAUUCGUGGCCUACACUGUUCACAUUCCCCCGACUCCCGAUCGCCGCCCGUUUUCCGAUUCCCAAAAUCUUGAAAACACGAACCCUAACGAGAGCCAGAUCAAGGACACGAUCUACACCGGCGGGUUCAACUCGGCUACAAAAGCCCACGUCAGAAAAAGCUUGGAAAUCGAGCCGAUUGUGGAGAAAUCAAAGAAAAUCUGCGGGAUGGAAGGCUGUGACGAGAAGGCUGCAAACGGGAAGUUCAAGAGUUACUGUGAUUGCGGAUUUGGGAUAUGCGAGGAUUGUUAUGUGGACUGUCUGAAAAUCGGCGAAGGGCAUUGCCCGGGAUGUAAGGAGCCGUAUAAAGAGGUCAAUGGUGAUGAGAGUGAGGAGGAAGAAGAGCCCUUUUCCGAAGAGAAGGACCGGGCGAAUCCUCUGCCUUCUUGGGGGAAAGGAGUGAAAUUGGAGAAGAAUUUUUCUCUGGUGCAGUCGAUUAAGAACCCGAAUCAAGAUUUUGAUCAUAAUCGGUGGCUGUUCGAGACCAAGGGGACUUACGGGUAUGGGAAUGCGCAUUGGCCGAGAGAUGGGUAUGAGUUUGGGAGAGGUACAGAGAGAUAUGAGAAGCCUCCCGAUUUUAGCGAUAGAAGGAAUCGGCCGUUGACGAGGAAAAUGGGGGUCUCUGCAGCCAUUAUCAGUCCAUACAGAUUGCUGAUGGCCAUUCGUCUCGGUGUACUCGCCUGCUUCUUAACAUGGCGAGUAAUGCACCCGAACCACGAAGCCAUGUGGCUAUGGCUCAUGUCUGUAGUCUGCGAGAUUUGGUUCGCCUUCUCUUGGCUUCUCGACCAACUCCCGAAGCUCUGCCCCGUCAAACGUGUCACCGACCUCACAGUCCUCAAAGACCGGUUCGAAUCCUCCGAACCAAACCUCCGCAAUCCUAAGAAGCUAUCCGAUCUACCCGGGAUUGAUGUAUUCGUCUCAACGGCCGAUCCUGAAAAGGAGCCGCCACUUGUCACAGCCAACACUAUCCUCUCGAUCCUAGCCGUCGAUUAUCCAGUCGAGAAAGUUGCGUGCUACCUUUCGGAUGAUGGGGGCUCGUUGGUCACGUUCGAGGCCUUAGCCGAGGCUGCCAGCUUCGCGAGAGUGUGGGUCCCGUUUUGCAGGAAGCACAAAAUCGAGCCAAGAAACCCCGAGGCUUAUUUCGGGCAAAAACGGGACCCGUUGAAGAAUAAGGUUCGGGUGGAUUUCGUGAGGGACAGACGGAGGGUGAAGAGGGAAUAUGACGAGUUUAAGGUGAGGAUAAACGCGCUGCCUGACUCGAUUAGGCGGAGGUCCGAUGCUUACAAUGCGCAAACCGAGAUUAGGGCUAAGAAGAAGCAAGUCGAGCUCGGGGUUAAUGAGCCGGUUAAGGUCCCGAAGGCUACGUGGAUGGCCGAUGGGAGCCAUUGGCACGGGACUUGGCCAUCGGGCGAGGAAGGUCACUCGAGAGGCGAUCAUGAGGGGAUAAUACAGAUAAUGUUAGUCCCGGCAAGCCCGGAACCGCUUUUCGGCCUCGAAGCAGACGAAGAGAACCUAAUUGACAUGACAGAUGUCGACAUCAGAUUGCCAAUGCUCGUCUAUGUGUCGCGCGAAAAACGGCCGGCUUUCGAGCACAACAAAAAGGCGGGAGCUAUGAACUCGCUUGUCCGGGCCAGCGCCAUCAUGUCGAACGGCGCAUUCAUCUUGAACCUCGAUUGCGAUCACUACAUAUACAAUUCGUUAGCCGUCCGUGAAGGCAUGUGCUUCAUGCUCGACCGAGGUGGAGACAAAAUCUGCUAUGUUCAGUUCCCUCAGAGGUUCGAAGGCAUCGAUCCGAACGACCGCUACGCGAAUCACAACACGGUUUUCUUCGACGUCAGCAUGCGGGCCCUCGAUGGCCUUCAAGGCCCGAUGUACGUCGGCACGGGCUGCAUCUUCCGGAGGAUCGCGCUCUACGGGUUCAGCCCGCCGCGAACAACCGAGCAUCUCGGCUGGUUUGGAAGGUACAAAAAACGAAAGCUUCUUCUAACUAGUAAAAAAACGAAAAAUGACCAACAAGAAAAAGACGACGAGAUGCUUUUGCCGAUUAACCGGGAGGAUCAUGAGUACGAGGACGAUGACAUGGCGAGAGCCACACUGACGAGGCAGUUCGGAAGCUCGGCUUCGCUCGUAGACUCGAUCCGCGUGGCGGAGUUCGGCGGGCGACUUCUCCACGGGUUGCGGGCAAAGGGCUGCCCGGGCAGGCCCGCGGGCUCCUUAGCGGUUCAACGCGAGCCGCUCGAUGGCUCGGCUCUCGCCGAAGCAGUCAGCGUGAUCACGUGCUUUUACGAGGACAAAACAGAAUGGGGGAAACGGGUCGGGUGGAUAUACGGGUCGGUUACCGAGGACGUGGUCACUGGCUACCGAAUGCAUAACCGAGGCUGGCGCUCGGUUUACUGCGUAACAAAACGAGACGCGUUUCGUGGGACGGCUCCGAUAAACCUAACCGACCGGCUCAAUCAGGUUCUCCGAUGGGCCACUGGCUCUGUCGAGAUAUUCUUCUCACGUAACAACGCGAUUUUCGCGAGCACGAGGAUGAAGUUUUUACAGCGUGUCGCUUACUUUAACGUCGGGAUUUACCCUUUCACGUCGGUUUUCCUCAUCGUGUACUGCGUUCUCCCGGCACUUUCGUUAUUCUCCGGAGAGUUCAUUGUGAAAACGCUAGACAUCUCGUUUUUGGUCUUCUUGCUGGCUAUAACGCUAACUCUCUGCAUGCUGGCACUACUCGAGAUAAAAUGGUCGGGUAUUACGCUUCACGAUUGGUGGAGGAACGAGCAGUUUUGGCUGAUAGGCGGGACGAGUGCUCACCCAGCAGCUGUGAUUCAAGGCUUGCUUAAAGUAAUCGCAGGUAUUGAAAUUUCUUUUACAUUGACUUCGAAAUCGAGUGUACCUGAUGAAGGGGAAGAUGAGUUUGCCGAGCUUUACGAGUUUAGAUGGACUACACUCAUGAUACCACCAAUCACGAUUAUUAUGUUCAAUGUGAUUGCGAUCUGUGUGGCAAUAUCGAGGACUGUGUACAGUCCUUUCCCGGAGUGGAGCAAGUUGUUGGGAGGAGUUUUCUUUAGUUUUUGGGUGCUUUCGCAUUUGUACCCGUUCGCGAAGGGGUUGAUGGGGAGAAGGGGGAAAAUACCGACGAUCGUUUAUCUUUGGUCGGGUUUGAUUUGCAUUAUCAUUUCUCUUAUGACGGUUUAUGUGUAUCCACCGAUGGGGAGUCGAGGGAGCAUUGGAUUCGAGUUGCCUUGA